AACCAGGAGACAAAGAAACUGAGCCAGUGAGUGUGUGUAAGAGAGAGAAAGAGUAUACAUGUUCCUGUGUGUUUGUAAGAGUGAGAGUGUGUUUGUGCAUUCUUGGACAGGCUGAAAGUAGAUAUGAAGUGUUAAAAAUAGCUAAUGACCAAAGUUCUUUAACGUGGAGAUUCCUUCAUGAACAGGACACGUUUAUUUUUGGAACUCACUGGAUGAGGCAGAGAGGGAAAUGGAAAGAGAGAGAAACAAAGAGAAGGGAAGAGCGAGACAGAGAUAAAGAAAUAUGUUUUGGCUGAGAAAUAAGGUAAUGUCUUCCCUACUGAGAGAUGAGAUGCAGAAGAUGGUAUUUCAAUGUGAGGACCAGAAACUGGUGGAAUUCAUUGAGAUUGAGAAAGAACAGGACCCGGGAAGGCAUUUUCUCUGUGUUUCAGUGGACAAGAGCAAACAUGUACACAUCUGUGUGGUGACAUCGCGAAAGCCUAAGAGGUCCCACAAAAGCGGAUCCAAGAAGAAGAAGAAACUCCUGCCCCUGGAGACCCAGCGCCUGGGCUUGAUCGACUCCUACAAGAUCACAGAGGUCUGGCUCCUGCAGGAUCUGGUCCUCUUGGAUGGACGGAAUGUUGAUGUGGACGAUCCCAGUUUCCUGAUGCACUUUGACAAGGUGCGUCAAGUUACGGCAAUCAACAGUGGCGCUAAGUACGCCAUGGCGCGAGCCUUGAUCGGCCUGAGUGACAAGUACUGCCAGAGCCCGCUGACCCUGCAGAACUUCGACUUAGCUUACAUCCAUCCUACCUGUGUUUACACCAAUCGAGGAGACUGUGUGGUUCUCCUGCAGAUUUGCUUUUACGCUGUUAACCUUCUAUGCCUGGCUCUCUGUCCUGUGAGUAUGCCACUGGACUGAGCGCAUGUAUAUGCAGUGCACCCAUGUUCCCUUGUGUACGCGCUUGUGUGUAUUUCUAAACUCAAACGUUACUUUUGUGACGAAUGUUGGUUUGUGAAAUAUUAUGAUUCCAUGUGUGCUAAACUGACACAAGGCUAAAGACUGGUAAUAAACCUUACAAGG